CUCUUGGACAUUCUAACCACAACCUCAACAUGAACCGAACUAAGCUGAUUUCCAGGCAGCAUUUGAAAAUUCUGCUAGAAAAUGAAAUCUUUACUGACUUCUUUAACACAUUCCUGAACCUUCCUGUAUUUGGUCAGACACCCAUUUACAUCAUCAGCAUUCGUCAGUGGCAUCUUUGGCCAGAGUUACCAUGCAACCUGGUGUCAAAAUACAAAGGCUUGUUGAACUGGAUGGAAAAAUAUCGACUGCCUUUCUUCUGCAAAACUAACUUGUGCCUUCACUAUGUUCUCUGCGAGGAGCUCAUCAGUUUCGUCCGGUCUCCAGAAGCUGCGGAGAUGCUCAGAUGGAAACGGGCUGAUCAAUGGCUUCUUGAGAAAUGUAUUGGUGGCAGCAGGGGAAUGUGGCGCUUCCGCUCCUUCAUGCAAGGGAUGGCAGGGGAAGAACUGACCAAGUUCUGGCUAGCUACAGAAAGGAUCCUUGGAAUUGAUGAAACAGAUGAGUCCCAGCAGGAUCUCUAUGUGUCGCUGAUCCAGGUCUUGAUGGCCACACACUUGCAAGAGGGUUCCACAGUUGUCACCCUCUGCAACACAAGCGUUGAAUCACUUCUGAAAAUGUCUCCCCAUCACCCUCAACAUGCCCACACUCGGAGGGAGAUCCUGAGUGAGAUGCAGAAAGUGGCCCUGUUCAAGAUUGAAAGUUACUGGCUGCCCAACUUCUACAUUCACUGCAAGCGGAGCAUGGAGAAUGAGCCAAAAUGCUUCCACUUGCUCAGGGAGUAUCAGGAACGAUUACACAGGGCAGGCUUGCCGAGGUAUUCCCUGUCUCCUCAACUGACAAUGAACAUCAGAGCAAGUAGCCACAGCACCAAAUCCUACUCCAGUCUGAAAAGCAAGAAGAAGAUCUGGGAUCACAUCAGGGGCAGAUGUCUUUCCCGCAAAGGGAAACGCAAGGGCCACCGGAAGCAAAAGUCAAACAAAAGCAGUCCAGUGGACCGGGAGCACUGCCACAUUGGGAAGCAUUCCGCCACUCCAGCUUCAAGUCCUUGCCAAGCAGGUUACAUGAGGGAUUUGAAUGAUGGGCACAAUUCUGAUGUGUCACCAAGCUUCAAAAGCAACCAAAGCAGUCCUGAUCAGUUUCCCUCCUCUCCUGUGGCAGAUGAGGUCGCUGAGAAGGGCACUCUGCGUUAUCUGCGCUGCUCUACGCCUAUGGUCCAGUUCCCCUCAAUGCUUGAUUUGAAGACUCUGGUGAAGUCCCCCAUGUGCUUAGACUUACUUCCUUGGGUGCUGACUGCUGACAAAUGUGCGGGACGUCCCUUUCGGGAGUUUUUGCUGUGUCGGAAUUAUGCCAUGGAGGUGCAUCUCCUUGAUCUGUGGCAUGAUCUGGAGGACUUCCUGCGCAUGAUGUUGUGCUCCCUUGGUGAAGGGAACAUCCUUCUGCGCCACGUAAUGGGAGAAAGGAUAUGUGAGCUUUAUCUGACACAGAGCAACAACUGGCACCUUCCUUUGAAGCUAUCAACUCUCAAUAGCUUGCAGAAUCUCCUGCCUUCUGGACACGUUAUACCAUGGCUACUCAAGGCACAGAAGGAAAUCUGUAAGAUACUCAGCUUUCUCUAUGAGGAGUUCCUCCAACAUGAUGACAAAAUGUUUUUGUUUUAUGUGAGUGGGAAGGAAAAGAAAUCUGAAGAACAGCCUUACAAACAUGAUGAGAGCCUCAGACUGGUCAAAAGGACCAUUGAAUCGAUGCAUCUGAGCCAGGCCUUGGCUGGCAUGAGAGAUUUUGACCUGCUUAGUGGACGGCACUGGCAACUGCUGGGCACUCAAGACCUGACCAGGGGGGGCUCUGUCUUCAUGGAAAUGGAGCCUGUUGUGCGACAGAUAGAUUACAGCAGCAUGCCAUUUGAGAAGCUGGCUCGGUUGAAUCCCAAAAUGGCUGUGGAACAUCUUAGUGAGAACUUCAGGGCCUACUGCCAAAAAUGCCAAAAAGCAGGAGUUUUAAUUCGGCCAAUGACUGCAAGAAGGAGCCUCCGCUGGAGCAGAUCAAGCUUGUCAUUCAUGAGGAAAGGGCCUGUUUCAAGAAAGCCCCUGACAAAGCCCAGAUCACUUUCAGAAACACUGCAAAACCCCACCCAUCUGGAAUACUUCAGACACUUCCUCAAGAUGCAUAAUGCUGAUGCUCCACUGCUUUUCUGGAUGUCUGUGGAAGAAAUCCAAAAUGAGACCAAUCACAGAAUCCAGCAGGUUCUCAUCAACCAAUGUGUCAGAACUUACUUCUUCAACCCAAUCCCAGCUGAGAUACUGCUGCAGUGUGAUGCCGAUAUUAUCAGAGAGAUUCCAAGGUCAAAUGUGGUCACGGUCCCUAUGUUAGUCUUGGCUCAAAUGUAUGUCAUGAAGAUGCUGGAAGAUAAAUGGUUUACUUUAUAUCAAGGUUUAUAUCCCGAAAGUGAUAUUUCACUUGCGGCACCCAGUGCGAAGCCACGGAAAACCUCCAUGUUAACAGACAAGCUGAAAAGAUGCUGGGUUGCACUUGGAGGGUUGAUCAAGACUGUCUGCAGGUUCCGAAAGGCAAUGAGCUAUGUGUCACAGCGCAAACGCUUUGAAGAAUUCCUCAACCGGGAACUGAAAAAUGACAAGGAAAAUAUGCAGUCACCAACACAUCCAAGCAUUAGUGCACCUAGUGGGCGCUCUGGCACAGCUUCAGUUGGAACAGAUGAUGUUGAAGUGGUUCAAGUAAAGCGCAAGAUCUUUGGGAACCGUGUAAUCUCUGUCAACUUCUUAGUUAAUGACCUCUAUUUUUAUCUAGAGAUGGAGAAGUGA